CGAGUUACCGUAAAAGCCGGAUGUGAUGUGGCUGCCAGACAGCAAGCCAAAGAUAAACACGUAGCCGAACAAGAGGGGCGAAACCCAGAAAAAACAACGAAAGGCUGCUUUAAAUUCUCGAAAUGAAGUGAUUAUUGAGGACAUAUAUACAUUCGAAAACGAGGAAGCACUCGUCUUGCAGACAGGCAUACAUCGGUUAAGGAGCUGUAGUUGAGUCCAACAUGGUGCGAGCAACCCUGGUGACCAUCACCAGUCUGGCACUGACUGGUGCUGUGGUGGCGCAUGCUUACCUUCUCAAACACCAGUUCUACCCAACUGUUGUCUACCUCACCAAGAGCAGCCCCAGCAUGGCGGUGUUGUACAUUCAGGCCUUUGUGUUGGUGUUUCUUCUGGGAAAGUUCAUGAGGAAAGUGUUUUUUGGACAGCUAAGAGCUGCAGAAAUGGAGCAUCUCAUUGAGCGUUCCUGGUACGCAGUGACCGAGACCUGCCUGGCCUUCACUGUUUUCAGGGAUGACUUUUCCCCACGCUUUGUUGCCCUCUUCACACUUCUGGUUUUCCUUAAGUGCUUCCACUGGUUGGCUGAAGACCGCGUGGACUUUAUGGAACGAAGUCCAAACAUAUCCUGCCUCUUCCACUUUCGAGUUUUAUCUCUCAUGGGGCUGCUGGGAGCUCUGGACUUCCUGUUUGUUUACCACGCCUGUCAAAGCAUUAUCACCCGGGGAGCCUCUGUGCAGCUUGUUUUUGGCUUUGAGUACGCCAUCCUGUUGACCAUGGUAUUGACUAUGUUCACUAAAUACAUCCUGCACACUGUGGAUUUGCAAAGUGAGAAUCCCUGGGACAACAAGGCCGUCUAUAUGCUCUACACAGAGCUCUUCACCGGUUUCAUCAAAGUUCUCCUGUACGUUGCCUUUAUGACCAUUAUGAUGAAGGUUCACACGUUCCCACUGUUUGCCAUCCGGCCCAUGUAUCUCGCUAUGAGACAUUUUAAGAAAGCUGUAACUGAUGCUAUAAUGUCUCGGAGAGCCAUCCGCAACAUGAAUACACUAUACCCUGACGCUACUCCCGAAGAUCUGCAGGCCUCUGACAACGUUUGUAUCAUCUGUCGGGAGGAAAUGGUCACCGGAGCAAAGAAGCUACCUUGCAAUCACAUUUUCCACUCCAGCUGCUUGCGUUCCUGGUUCCAGAGACAGCAGACCUGCCCCACCUGUCGCAUGGACGUCCUGCGGGCGUCAAACAACAAUCCGGCUCCAACCCCUGCCCAGGCUGCAGCCCCUGCUCCAGCAGCGCCUGCGCACGCUGCAGCUGCCCAGCCAGCCAAUGUGGUUCCCGGCAUGUUGCCUGCCUUCCCACCCGGCCUGUUUCCCUUUUGGGGUCCAUUUCCCGGCAUGCCUCCUCCAGCCGCGGCAGCUCCCGCAGCUGCCGUCGCGACACAGGGCAACACUGAGGCGGCGCAGGCAGCUGGUAACGGCCAGUCCACUUCAUCCAGCGCGGACUCUGCUACGGCUGCUGCUCCGGGCUCUGCCAUUCCGGGAUUCCCCUUCUCCAUCCCCCCUCCUCCCUUCCCAACUACACCGUGGCUACCUAUGCCACCGCCACCACCUCCUUUCAUGUCGUCGAUGCCUCCUCCUCCUCCGUCUCUGUCGCAGCUGUCAGAGGAGGAGCUGAGGGAGCUGGAGGCUGAAGGCCGACGAGGUUUGGAGGCCAGGUUGCAGUGUCUGCAAAACAUCCACACCCUGCUGGACGCCGCCAUGCUCAACAUCCACCAUUACCUCAGCACGGUCGCCACGCUUACUCCUCCGAGACCUGUCAGCAGCACAGAAGAAGCCAGUGGGACAAUCCGCUCUGCUUCCUUCUCCACUGCUGGUGCAAGCACAGAUGAGCCAAGUCAGGAGAAAUCCUCCCCUCCCCCCAAAUUGAGCAGAGCUCCAGUCCAAACCGUCGAACCCACUUCUACUUCCGCCACUUGGGAUGGUGAGACAAGAAACAAUGCAGAUGAAGGAUCAGAGGAAGAGGAUGGUGAACCGAAUGCCGCUGAGCUGAGGCGCCGGCGACUUCGCAAACUGGAAACGGCAUCGCUUUCACCCGCAGACGAUUGAGGUGACUGCGGACCAACAGGAGCUCUAAAUGUGGAUCAUCUGUUGGUCCGUACCCCCCCCCCAGUCCUUCACCUUUUUCACCAAUUUGAGUCGGGACUCAAGCUGCGGGGAUAAUUUGCACUCCUGUGUCAAAAUGAUAGCGUGUUUUCUUCCUUGUUUCACUAAACACUUAAUAGUGGAAAGGGGACUGCAGGCACUUGUAAUUUGAGAGGAAAUUGGAAUGGGUUUGUGUUUAGUGAUACACUGUUUGGAUUAGUAUUUGGUAGUGUGGGUGUCAUUGGGCUCAGUGCCUGCCCAUUCUUUUUUUUCCCCCCUUAACCAACUGGGUUCGGUUUGAAAGCAUGUUGCUUAUUACACUGCGCAGUGAUCUUAUCUGAUCCAAAAAGCAAGGUUAACAUUUUCUCUCCCCUUUACAAAUCAGCACUCUUUGUGUCCUGGUUUUUUCAAUGUUGCAGGUACUGUAACAAAUUUAUUUGAAUGUGUACAUACUGUAUAAAGAGUUUUAUCAGGGUGAUCUGUACAUAAAGGAGAAUAAACUGCUACUUUUUCUUUCA